GAAAAAUUUGUUUCGCGCAUACCGGUCUUGAAUGGCUUAUUUACGUUUAAACGGCCGUUAGGCGAUAAAAUUAUAUUAUUCAUUUAUUUAUCAAGUUUUUUAUAUCUAGAAACUGUUUUAUAAAGUUUUCGCAUCCAUAUUAAUCACAGAGAACAAAUAAAGCGAAUAAAAUGUCGUAUAACCUCUAAAAUAUAUAAUAAUUAUUAUCAUUACUUCCACUAAUCUAAUACAAGAAAAGUAACAAUAUGCAAAAAUUACAAGACAGCGUUUUUUCUAUCUUAAAAACUACUAGUUUAUCUCCGGCUGUGUUUAGUUUUUUACAACCUACUGAUGACAAUACAGAAAGUACACCUUUGGGAGGUAUAUUGCGAGACACCAAACAUGGUUGGUUGGCACUGGGACCUAAAUUUUGUGUGGUUGAUCUAAGAAGUGGAUUGAAGGUAGCAGCAAAGACUUUUGGAAAUGGCUCAAGCAAUAUCUCCGUCACCAGUGUUAUCGAACUUCCUAAAACAUUAACACAUAACUCCAAACAGCUAGUCAUCAGUCUUGAAUGUGACGAUUGUGGAUUAAUUUGUGUGUUACAUAUCAAUGGAUCUCAAAUACUACGCUGUAUCCAAUCAGAUGUAAUCAUCACUGAGCUGGCCUUAUGUGAUGAUGUGUCUAGUGGGCCAUUCACUUGUUUCGACGGGCUUAUAAUGGCUGGAACACAGAGGGGUGAAAUUUUUGUGAUUGAUCUUAAUAGGAGUGCCCUUUUACAAGCAUUAAAUGAUAUAGCCCAAGGCAAUGCUCAUCUAGUUAAAACUGAAACAGAUCCUGCAACACUAGUUCACAUUUCAUUAAAAGUGCUACAUAAGAUUGAGAGACAAGGCGAGCUACCAGCUAACAAUGAUGAGCAUUUAGCCGUACUGCUCAAUGAAGACUCAUUCAUAGAUUAUCAAUACAUAUUCCGCAAUCCAGAUGGCACACCUCGCAUGAAAGCAAAGCAGGAUCAUGUUAGAGUAACUGUAGUGCAAUAUAUACCUCAGUUGGGAAGUUUAGCCGUUGGCUUCAACUUUGGUGCUUUUCAGCUGUGGAAUAUACUGGACUUGGCAUUGGAGUUCACUUCUCAAGUUAAUGUUGAAUGUUUGCCGGUUACACAUUUUGGUUUUCAGGAACCAUGUGAUGACCCCAGAGCGUUUUGUUACUUGUGGGUUGUAUUCUCAGUGAUAGAUAGGUUUGAAGAGCAUGAGUUUCCGCUAGCUGUUAUGUAUUCCCUGACUUAUCAAGGCAAAAGGAUGCUAGUGGACAAUAAGUGUUUGUAUCAGGAAUUUUCAACAGCUACAGUUCGGUUUCAAGUGGAACUCGGGUCAAUGGACCAUUCACAUCUUAUUGGUGGUAGAUGCAUUUCUUGCCAUACUUAUUCUAUCAAUACCAUGUUGGGAGAUGAAGGGGAAGAAGCGAUGUUAAAUCUAUGUCAAUUGGUAUGGGAGUGCUGGGGUGAGAGGGCUACAUCGUCUCAUUAUGGAAUGCUGUUGUUUGACCUGGAUCAAUGGUACAAAGACCAAAUGCCAGCAACAUAUCAGCUGCAAAGCAAUACAUUCAUGAGUACAGCCUGGUGUUCAGAGCUCGGCAGGGGGUGUUUAUCCCUCGACAUGAGACUGGACCCUGUAUCUCUAUCCCCGUAUUCACAUGCUACUCGUUUAGAGGAACAUUUCUACCCAAACUCCUUGCAAUAUGAUUGUGUCUGCCUCAACACCUCGGAGGCCAUAGUACUCCACACUGUAGGCAUUCAACGUCAGAUAAUCAGUUCUAUGUCGGAGGCUGGUCCCUCCUGCCUACUCUCGCCCGCUAGAUUGUAUACCGCGUGUUUGUCCGCCGGUUUGAUGCCACUGUAUAGGGAUAAUCAUAUGGACAUGUCUAUGGACGAACAAAGAAAGUUCAUUCUAUCGGUGGCAUUAGAGGCUCGUCUGUCGCAACUGCUCAAGCGAUGUGCGCAGGAGUGGGCCACCGGCACUCACGCGGGUGUUGGAUGUACACUUACUUUUUUGGUUGACUGGAGUUGGAGGCGAGCUAUUGAAUUGAAAGAAAAUGCCAAAGAACUAAUUUCGCCAUUGUUUACUUCAGCUACAUUACCGGACAGGAAUGUUAUAAGAUGCUUGGAGCACUGCGUACAACAGCUGACUCAGUUGACUGGCUUACUUGAUGCAGUUUUGACGAAAUGCUGUAACCUAGUCGUACCUGAUGCUUUAAGUGAAAUGGAAGAAAAAUAUAAAGGCAUCGGCACAGUGUCACUUUACUUCCAAGUAGUUCAAUGGUUUCUAAGGGUUGGGUUGCUGCCGGAAAGAAACCACCCUCAUGCUGCAUUGCCUUACCCAGCUGAGCAGUUGUAUUCUGUUUAUAAGAAACGCCGUGUAAAGCUACAUCGCAUACAAGGAGACACGGUAGAAGGUGAUCCUAGUUGUGUCCCGUGCCCUCUGUUAUAUGUGGACCAACUCAUACUAAACGAAUUUGGGGGAGAGGUCGUACACAAAAUAUGGAAGCGGGCUGGAAGCGAAUGUGGGGGUUUAUACCCUCCUCCAUCCCUCUACGCAUUGUUGAGACUCUAUCUCUUACCAGAUAUCUCCGAAGAACAUAAACACUCUCUACUUUUGUAUUUGCUGCUUGAUUACUCUAUGCUCUAUGAUGAUUCACAAUACGAAACGGUGAUCCGCCGUUUGAUGCAGUUCCCGCCAAUGUUCGGUCUCAGCACGACGUUAGUUCGCGCCACACAGGCCUUCUGGCAUCUGGAUCAUCGAGACUUUCAUUUUGCCCUCGACCAACUUCAAUGCCUAACUGGCAACACACUCUCCGACUGGCAACACCAAGUGGUGCUAUCGUCUCUGCUCGCACAAAAGAAGUCGCAAGCCGCAUUGCAAUAUUUGCACGUUCGGAAACCGGCUCCUAUACAGAAUGUGAACAAAAAUGAUCUCAACUGCCAUGAUAAAUUAGAAGACUGGCAGUCGUGUUGUGAUUUAUAUCUAGCUAGGGGACUCGUGUUUGAAGCGUUGGAUGUUGUUAGAAUGUGCGUUCAGAACGUUGGUUGUAAUGAAGAUAAGGUGCAAGUACUGGAUUAUUUCUUUAAGGGUUGUCGCAACACAGGGCAGCUGGCAAAAGUUUUACAAGUUACGUUAUUACCAGUGGAAGAAGAGUGUUUCAUUAAGUAUUUGAAAGAUUGCAACGAGGCACAGACAUCUGAUAUAUUGGUUAUGUAUCUCUUGCAACAGGCUAGAUACCUGGAAGCGGAACAAUACAACAAGCAAAUCAAGUCGAAGCCGCGGUACCGCGGCGCGCGCUCCACCGACUCGCUGGCGGAGGCGGCGGAGCGGGACAGCAUCAGAGACACGCUCGUGGCCGCUCUGGUGGCGGACGUGCCGCGGAUAGCUGGCGCGGUUGCCGCGCUGCUGGAUAGCGAUUACGAGCCGCAUGUUCUCGCUCCAAAGCCGAUGUCGGUGUACGUGAAACCAAACUCGCCUAAAAACACCUUCACCUACAAAUCUUCGUUCGUACAGGAUACGAUUGAAAAUGCGAGUGAGACAUGGAUGAAUAAGCCGAAAAUUAAGAAAGGUCUCAAAAGAGCGUUAAAUAUUGAAGACACGCCUUUCAUUUGCACGCCCAAACUGUACAAGACAAAGAGCUAUCUAUCUGAGCAAAGGCAGAACGAUUCCACGCCGGCCAAGCGUGCACGUCUCGACUUGUCACCCAAAACGCCAAGAAACAAGCCGGGCAGUGCCGUGAAAGUGAGCCAAAAGUUGAGCGAACAAAUCGCAACGUUACUGGACAUGCCCGAUGUGGAGAGUCCUAGGUAUAAACACAGCACCAGGCCGGAAACACCACAGAGUAUACUGAAGAGUCGGAGAGCGGAAUGGCAAGAGAGUGCAGUGUCGGUGACAGACUUAGCCGUGGAAAGUGACGAUGAUAUGGACACGGCCAGCAAUCACACGCACUACAGCGACUCUACUAAUAAACACCUAAGAUUCACAAUACCAACACCGACAGAGCUACCGUCAACAUCUCCUGUUGCCAUAGCAAUACAUAAAGCUCCGGAUUCGCCUGAUAAUGAGGUAAAAGAACAGGAUAAACCACUGGAAUCUCCGCCCAAGAAAUUCGCAGCUGAAAGCAAAAUUAAUCCGAGAAAAUCAUAUAAGGACUCUGUUAGAGCGAGAAAAUCUCUAUCAAUAUCAGCGAACAGUAGUCUAUCGGACGAUCCAAACACAUCAAUAGAGAGCAUAGCCGAUAUACCCGUCACACUUAUAAACCCUCGAUACACUGGCGAGAGACGAUCCAGCAGAACGCCAGAGCCUGAGGAACGUAAGAGAGAGACGGAUGUACGUGUUCCACGUACACGUGUGAGCGAGACGAGGCGUUUCGAAACGGAGUCGAGUGAGAUAGAAGUGCGGUUUGGUUCGAGUGUGACAAGGACGGAAGAUGCAAUGGAAUUCGACAGUUCGGCGGAAUUGAGUUUUGUACCGAAAACGCCUAAGGGCCGAAGGAGUAUUAGAUCUGGUGUUAGCGAAAGCACACCCCUGGCAAAUAGAUAUAAUUUGGAACAAUCCAGAAGCCGCAGCGGCACUCCUGAACGUCAAGACUCACCAAUAGUCACCCCGCUUCGUUCCACCAGAGCUACCAGAAGCCGAUCUCGCACGCCAGAAGUGAGCCCACGUGCUUCCCCCCUGCCGGCCAUCUUGGAAGUGCCGAAAUUGGAACAGGCCGAAUUAAAUCCCACAAACACACUAUCUGUACCAACUACUAGAAGCAGGUCACGUACACCAGAAAGAAUAGAGAGAGUAAUGGAGUCGCCUCGUUUGGAAGUUAUCAAGGAGUCUCCUACAAAGCCUUCCGAAUCGCCCACACGUAGAAGCCUUAGAAGUCGAUCCCGCACACCCGAAGUGGAAAUACAAAAAGAACAACACAUUUUAGAGAGUCCACGAAGUUUAAGAAGUCGCUCCAAAACUCCUGAAAAGCUAAUGUCACCCAAGAAAGACAUUACAGCAAAAGGCAAAAAAUCCCUCUCUAGAAUGGUCUUAGAAGCGAACACUUUCGCUAAAACCAAACAGAAUGUAGAAAAAGUCGAAACGGAAAGCUCUGAAGAGAAAUCUGAAAGCGUCAUUGAGUGUACACCGAUGAAACCUUCCAAGCAAGCCACUAGUUUAAUGGACGUAACUUUCUCACCAAUUGUUAACAAGUCUGUACUACAGAGUUCGAACGAUAGUCUGUCUAUCACAACAGAGAAAGUAUCCAAAAUGGAGGAAAGUUCUCAUGGAAUAAAAUCUCUACCAGCAUUCACUAGUAUUCACGAAGUGUUCGUCGAGAAAUCAGUCUUGCACAGUUACCAAAGCAGCAUCGGCGAAUCGUCCAGCAUACACGAAGAAAGUGUCACUCAUGUGGAAGUUAAAUCUCUACCGUUCACAACCUUCAACGAAGAUGCUGGCAAAUCCGUGUUACACAGCUUCGAGAGUUCCGCAGAGACAAGUGUGCAAUCUGAAAGCAAGGUGGAAAAGUUACCGCCGGAAAUGAAGCUAGAUGAAAGUGUAUUAGGGAAGUCCGUGUUAGGAAAUGAGAGCACUAUGGAGAAACGCGAUCAAAUCGAUCAAUCGAGCUUAAUGACCAAUGAUAGUGAUAUGGAUAUGGAUAAAGACUGGAAAUCUCAAAUGGAGCAGGAUACGGCGCGUGUGAUUCAGAAGGAGAAGGAGAAAAUCGUGGAAAUAGAACGGGAGAUCAACGAGAUCGAAGGUGAAAUGUCUGAUGACGAGUGUCGCGAGGAAUCGGAUUCCAGUACUGAAGUGGAAGUGGAAGUUGAGGAAGUGGAAGAGGAAGAGGAAUCAGAGGAGAGUUCUGAGGAAGAAUCGUCCAGCGAAGACGAGGCAGAGGUAAUAUCCAUAAACGACUCAGACUCAGAUUCGAAUCAACUACAAAUACAGGAAGUACCGGUAGAGCAAGUAGCGCAGGAAAAUAUAAUAAGUGAAGAAAAUGUCGAUAAUAAUGUCGUAGUAGAGUCACCCGAUGAAACGAAUGAAAAUAAAGAAUUUGUAACAGCUAAGCAGAGUGAGGUGAUUCAAGUUAUAGAAGUGGUUGAUGAUUUAAAUCAAGCGCAUGCGUCCAUACUUACUGAUGAUAAUUCUGUCAUUGAAUCUGAACAAUCUGGUAAUCUUAAUUAUUCCGAGGAAAAAGAAGAGAAAGUAUACAAUAAUAUCGCUAUGGAAACUGAUCAAGAUCAACAAGUUAAUGUUACGGUAUCAGUUGUAGGUGUUGUGACAGAGAAUAAAAUGCGUGAAACAGACAAAGCUCCGAUAGAUAUGGACGUUGUAGAUGCCACUACAAAGGAAAGCACACAAAAUAUUGAAGAGAAAAUGGUAUUGGAUGAAACGCAUAAAGAUUUAGACAAGCGAGAGAAAAUCACCAAUAGUGAUGUAAAUAAAGACAAGAUUGAAGCCAAAGAUACAGAGAUUGCGGAAACAAAAACAGUUGGUGAAUUAGUUAAAGGGACGCAAAUAGAAAAAGCAACGCCUCGCACCAGAAAACGAUCGACGUCCACUAAAUCCCAAGAUACGCCCGCAGACACGGCUGAAAUCGCUACGGAAAAAGCCAAACCGCGGUCUAGGAGAGGCUCAACGACCGACACUGACAAAGACGUCGAACUAAAGACGCCGACACGCACACGCACCGCGUCAGAGAGAUCCGAACAGAACAUUCCAGAAACGCCAGAGAACGAUUCGCCCAGACGCGGCCGGCGGUCCAAAACGCCCAACACAGAAAUACGGAAAAUUCUGACCAGACGAGCAUCUAGGGAGCUGUCUGAAAAGGACGAUGAUGUAAUGCCCUUAGAGGAAUUGACUCCGCGCCGCCGUACUCGCGCCAGCCGUAAAAAGGAUGAUGAUACGGCCAGUGUUGCUUCGGAAAGUUCUGGAAAGUCCGCAAAGAGCAGAGCCAGCGAGGACGGCGACAGGGGCGGCAGGAAAGGCAGGAAGUCUAUAUUGAGCACUAGAACCGAUCUGUCUGUGAUACCCGAAGCGCCGCUCGAGGAUGCGGUUAAAGAUAGUCAAGAGGAUGUUAGCGAAUAUUCCAGUGCUAGACGAUUACUCCGUUCCCAAAAAGCCGUAUUAGAGACGGUUCAAGCCAAAUCGCCGGGUCGGCGGCGAAGGCCCUCGGAGGAAACGUCUACUUCCUUCGACGUGCAAACAAUAGAUCCUAUAUCUCUUCUCGACAAGACUGACUUUGAGGGCCCGCCGGACCCGGAGGAGUUGCAGAAUUCGCCCGAUUCGCUCGUUUCCUCCGCCAGCAAACCGAGAGGACGCCGCGCCGCAUCUGAAACGAAGACAUUAGUGAAACCCGCUAGGAUCGCUCGAAGGAUCUCCGCAGAUGUCUCUAUAAGCAGCCCCGUGGCGGCUGACGCUGACGCGGACACGCCGACGCGCGGGCGCCGGGCGUCGUUCACGCGCGCCUGCCAGGCGAUACACACGCCCAAGCGGAGGACCUCCACUGACGUUAAGAAACGCGACACGGACAGCAAGUCGGGCUCGCCCGUGACGUCAGAGCGGGGCACGCCCACCCGCCGCAACUCACAACGCUAGUUCAAUGGUCUCGGGAGAAAAUUAACAAGAAGCGUUUUAAUAAUGUUAAGCAAUUAUGGAAUAGGAUAAUUUAGUUAUUAAUUUUAUUUGUUUUUUCAUUUUUAAUAUAC